AUAAGAUAAGCCUACCUUCUGCGUCAGUUAUAUGGAAUGAAACUUCACUGUGAACCCACUGUGACUCCGAACGCUUUUGAGAUUUCAACACUUGGGGAGAUUCAAGGGAAACAUUUCUCAGCCCAGAGAACUUGAACGAGGGAAGCAGCAAGUUUAUUACCAAGGACAAUAGACGGCGGAUAGCUUCCUUCAAAGGGGCCUGGAAAACAACCAGACCGAAGCUCCGCAAUUUGGCUCCUGACACCCUAAACAUGAAGGACGAAGAGCAAUGUCCAUCCGGCCUCCAGGAGAUCUGCACAGUUUGUGGUCAAGCCACACGUUUUUAGGAGAAGAUCCAGAUUCAAGUGACGCACAGCGGAGUUGCUAAAGGGGCUUGCAAGAAGCGCUCGAGGAAAGCUCCAUGGAAAUGUGUGAGCGGAAUCCUUUAAAUCCCGGCUAUGUUGGUUCUCUGUUGAAUUUUGCGCCCCCUGACUCGCUCUAUUUCUCCAACUUGCGGGGCAAUGGAGCCCACAUACCCGGGCUGCAUCAGCUCCCCUACAACAGGAGAGAGGUGUGCACGCUCCCGUGGACUUCCUCAAGUUCGUGCACGUCUGGACCGGCAGCAGCAGCGCCGCCGCCACCACAGAGCCGCGCCUUCGGAGGCUACUGUCCGCCGUUUCUGUCCAACUCGCUGUCUAUAAACUCCAACUCCCACGGCGGCCACGCCAAGGCGCAUUUGGAGGAGCCGGCGCGGUGCUUCCAGAGCGCGAAGGCGGAGGAGUCUGGCAGCAGGCAGGAGGAAGUUUACGCCGGGGAGCACGGGGCCGCCAGUGAGCGCGGUGCUUACUCGGAUCUGGAGAGCCGGUCUCACGGAUCUGCGGCCCAGCAGCUCGAUCCGGAUUCGGCAGGAUCGCUGAGUGGGAACGCCACCAAACAGGAGCACCCAUCCUCGAGCCACACAUGCUCCAGGACGAGUUUUGCAGAAGGUGCCCCGUGGUGCUCGUCACAAGCCAAGACCAGAAAGAAGAGAAAGCCCUACUCGAAGCCACAGCUGGCUGAACUUGAGAACGAAUUCCUGAUGAAUGAAUUCAUCAACAGGCAGAAACGGAAGGAGCUGUCGGACAGACUGGACCUGAGCGACCAGCAGGUGAAAAUCUGGUUUCAGAACCGCAGGAUGAAGAAGAAGCGGCUGAUGAUGCGCGACCAGGCCUUCUCCGCGUACUGAUGACCUUUGGACUUGAUCGUGACCAGCAGCAGCAGCAGCAGCACAGAAUAUAUGUUGUAGCCAUACUAUGAACGUUGCAGCACACACUCCACACGCCCCUCUCGGUGUGCGGCUCGGACUAGUAUUUAUGAAUAUGUAUAAAAUGUUUAUAUUCCUGUCAGAUCACAGGCUACAUUUUUAUCCAGAGAACAAACAUCCAGUCAUAUUAAUGAGGAUACGGAAAUUAUGUUUGCAGGUAGAGAUGCAGUGAAUUUUACUUAAUCUGGUGUCCAAAUGCGCAGCACGCCUCUGGCUCCACGCUGGCCUGCAGCCGCCGGAUAAAGAUGCACAUUUAAACGUUAGCAUUUCUUAUGCAGCUCAGAUUUCAGACCUAUUUAAACAGGAAUGUGAUUCUAUAAGUUUUUGUGUGUGUGUGUGUGUGUGUGUGUGUGUGUGUGUGUGUGUGUGUGUGUGUGUGUGUGUGUGUGUGUGUGUGUAUUCUGUAUGAUGGUCUGCGCAUGUGGUGCGGGCCUAAUGUGGAGGCAGACAGUCAAGUUCAUGUUUACGGACGAACACAAGUCAGUAUUGCAAAAAAAUAUAUAUCCUAACUGCAUGUCUAUUUCCUAGUUACUGUUUUUCAAUAAAUGCCUGAUUUCCUCCCCCCUAAAAAGAUGAUUGUGAAUCUAACUGAGUAAGAAAAGUGGCGUUGCUUUUGUUCUGUGCGGCCGCGUCGUGCGGGGAAAAACAACAAAUCAGCGCCGCAUUUGUUGUCGGAGGGGAAAAAAAAGCAAGAGUUGUGAAAUGUUCAUCUGGUGUUGGUUCAGGCUACAUUAUAACUGUAUUAAAUGUUGUUGUCAGCCGUGGGUUUGUGUCGCCAUGCAGACGUGAAGAUGAUCCUGAAUAGUCACAGAUCUGAUGCGUCAGGAUUAGUCCUGCUCUGCGGAUCCAGACUUUACAAAUACCUGAUUAAUUAAAGAAUAUUUUGCUUUAUA